AUGCUCGCCAACUUGCUUGGCGUGGCUGGAGUUAAACAUGUGAUUACUGUGGAUUUACAUGCUUCACAAAUGCAAGGGUUUUUCAAGUGCCCAGUGGACAAUCUUCAUGCCGAACCUAUAAUUGCGAAAUGGAUUCGACGCAACGUUGAUAACUGGCGAGAAGCAGUCGUGGUGUCGAAGAAUGCCGGAGGAACAAAGCGAGUGACUUCACUCGCUGAUGCCUUGAAGCUCAAUUUCGGAAUGGUAACGACCGACCGAAGAAGAGGCACCAAUAUGACAGCAAGCAUGAUCAUGAACCAUCUUGAUGGGCUUGAUAGGCAGCCUGCACUUGAAACCUCGGCGGGGAGCGACAUGUCCCCUCCUGAUGAAGACGGCAUGGCACGAUACAAAUCCACACAAAAGCCUCGGACGCCACUGGCUGAUUCCACUGGCUCUCCCACCCGCCAUGGUGAAUUGAGGAUGAAACCACCGGAGGGGCAGAAGAAGGCAUCUAGUGAUGGCCGCUCACUAGCCUCUCGCAGUACCCCUGAUUUAUCCCUGAACCAGGAGCAGGUUUUUGACGACCGCCGAGCUCACGAAGUCAUACAUGGCCGUUUAAUCAGAGGUCAUGUUGUAGAAGACGACUUCAAUUCUCCUGCCGUAUCGACUGCCGGGAAUAGUUUACAGGAGGAGGAUCCCAUGACAAUGUCCCGCGCUUCCUCCUUUUUCGUCCCAGAAGGACAAAUUCUAGGCGGUGCCGGCGACCCAGCUGCAAGUUCCGACGAGGAGGACAACGCGUUUCAAGACACUAAAUUCGAACACAUGAUUACCUUGGUGGGCAAUGUGAGGAACCGCACAGUGUUUAUCGUAGACGAUAUGAUAGACAAACCGGGCUCUUGGAUUGCCGCAGCUGAGACGGUAGUGAAGAAAGGAGGGGCUAAAAAGGUCUUCUGUAUCGCCACGCAUGGUGUUUUUGGCGCAGACUGUCUUGAACAACUCCAAGGAUGCGAGUGCAUCGAUACGAUACUUGUCACAAACAGCUUCCCUAUUAAUCAGGAUCGGGCGAGGAAUAUCAACAAGCUCGUCGUCCUGGACUUGUCCUUCCUCUUGUCGGAAGCUAUUCGGCGUAAUCAUUACGGCGAGUCAAUUUCACCACUCUUCCAACACACCGGGGACUGA